AGCCAAACAGAGUUUCUGAUAAAGCCUAAGCCCAAAAUAGAAUCUAUUCUCAAAACACUUGUAGCGGUGACGUUGUUGGUUUGCCUAGACAUGUGUCCAAACAAAGGUUCACCUCGUAUCGGAGUCAAGGCGGGGUAUGCUGGCUCUGCAGCGAAGUAGGUUUUGCCAACUGAAGGCCAGUGGCUAAUUAUGAUUUCACUAUAAAAGCGCGCCUUUUCCGGCAAAAGGCAUAUCACUUUCGAUUAAAGCAUCCAACAUCCAACAUGAAGUUGUCCACCGUUCUCCUCGCCCUCGCCGUGGUCCUGUUCGUGGCCCAGACCAGGGCAGCCUCCUCCAACUCGACAACCACUACCACGGAUGCCACUACUACCACGGAGGCCAGCACGUCAACCUCUACCUCCGGGUCCGGCACAGGCAAGAUUGUGAGGAUCAGUGGUCUGACGUACACGGCAAAAAGGAGGAUCAGGAUCGGCACUACCACCACGAGCUCCACGAGUUCCAAGAGUGCCCGCGCCAAGGCUCGCAAGGCCCGCCUCAAUGCCAAGAGGGCCGCAAAGGCAAAGGCCAACCGCAAGUCGAAGAACCGCAAGCUGAACAAGAAGAGUAAGGGCCGCAACGCCCGCCUCGUCCGGGGUUAAACACAUAAUCUUUUAUAAUCUGUUUGAAAUAAAAU